CAGUAGGUGGCGGAAUAAACCUGAAAGCAGGUUUGGCAACCGACAUAAAACAUCAGAAGAAGAAGAAGUGACGUCAUCCGGAAGAAGGCUCUUCUGCGUAGGCUCAGGUUUUCUUUACGAGGAAUUGUUUUAAUCUCGCCAUGCCUGAACGUGAAUCUGAGGUGUACUCAAAUCCUCUGGCUCCAGACGGCCAUGAGGUAGACGAUCAUCGGUCAGCACUACAAUCCAAGCUGACCAAUGAUGACUUCAGGAAGCUUCUGAUGACCCCCAGAGCCACCCCGUCUUCAGCUCCACCCUCUAAAUCACGACACCAUGAGAUGCCACGAGAAUAUAAUGAGGACGAGGAUCCAGCAGCUCGCAGACGGAAAAAGAAGAGUUACUACGCUAAACUGCGGCAACAGGAGAUGGAGAGAGAGCGAGAGCUGGCGGAGAAGUAUCGUGACCGUGCUCGAGAGAGACGUGAUGGUGUUAAUAAAGACUACGAGGAGACCGAGCUCAUCAGCACCACAGCAAAUUACAGAGCUGUGGGUCCAACUGCAGAAGCGGACAAAUCAGCUGCGGAAAAGAGACGGCAGUUGAUCCAGGAGUCUAAGUUCUUGGGUGGUGAUAUGGAGCACACUCACUUGGUGAAGGGUUUGGAUUUUGCCCUGCUGCAGAAGGUCAGAGCUGAAAUUACUAGUAAGGAGAGAGAAGAAGAAGAUAUAAUUGAAAAAGUGCAGAAAGAAGUCAAGAAAGACGAAGAUCCUGAGCAGAAAAUUGAAUUCAAGACUCGUCUGGGAAGAAACAUCUAUCGUAUCCUGUUUAAAGGCCGUCAGAUGGAGCGUAAUGAGCUCUUCCUGCCAGGUCGAAUGGCAUACGUGGUGGAUCUGGAAGAUGAGUAUGCGGACACUGAUAUCCCAACCACCCUUAUCCGCAGCAAAGCUGACUGCCCCACCAUGGAGGCUCAGACGACUCUCACCACCAAUGACAUUGUCAUUAGCAAACUGACACAGAUCCUGUCGUACCUGAGGCAGGGAACACGCAACAAGAAACUCAAGAAGAAAGAAAAAGGCCGCUUGGAGGAGAAGAAAGCGCCAGAGGCCGACUUAAACAUAUUCGAUGACAUUGGCGAUUACACCCCCUCAACCUCCAAAAGCAGCCGAGACAAAGAGAAAGAUCGCUACCGUGAGAGAGAGAGGGACAGAGAUCGUGAGAGAGAGAGGGAAAGGGAUCGGGAAAGAGAAAAUAGACGUCACACUUAUUUUGAAAAACCACGAGCUGAAGAGGAGGCCAUGGACAUUGAUAAAGGUCCAAGCUCUGUUAAGGACCAGAUCAAGCUAAUCAAUGAAAAGUUUGCAGAAGCAGCUCAGUGGCCGGGACAGGAAAUUGGAAGCAGACGUGAAGAGAAGAAACAUUUGGGAGAUUUCUUUGGGAUGUCAAACAGUUAUGCUGAAUGCUACCCUGCCACAAUGGAUGAUCUUGCCGUAGACAGUGAUGAAGAAGUGGACUACAGCAAGAUGGACCAAGGUAAUAAGAAGGGUCCACUGGGCCGCUGGGACUUUGACACUCAAGAGGAGUACAGUGACUACAUGAACAACAAAGAGGCAUUGCCAAAAGCUGCCUUCCAGUAUGGCAUCAAAAUGUCUGAGGGCCGAAAGACUCGUCGUUUUAAAGAGACCAAUGAGAAGGCUGAGUUAGAUCGACAGUGGAAGAAAAUCAGUGCGAUCAUUGAAAAGAGAAAGAAGAUGGAGGCAGAUGGGGUGGAUGUGAAACGGCCAAAAUAUUAAACAACUUCAACAAAACAAAGACGCAUGCAAAGAGAAAUGAAACGCAUUUAAACAUUAAAAAAGUGUGUGGUCUUUCUGAGAAAAGAUUUGAUUUGAAUUACUUUAUUAAACAAAUAAAUGGGUGAAAAUGUG